GAACAAGCACUUGCAUUCUUUAAAGGAGAAAGACACUUGUUCACUAAUAACAUUCAAGGAUUAGGAAAAGUAACUGACGUAACUCAUCAAAUAGAUACCGCCGAUGCUAAGCCGAUUAAGCAGCACUUUUAUCAUACCUCACCCGACGAACAGGAGUUUCUAGAUAAAGAAUUGGCGUCAUUAGAAGAGCAAGGGCUAAUUCGGAA